CAUCCAUCCAUCCGUCCAUCCAUCCGUCCAUCCGUGCCCCCCGCCGGGCCCCGCGCCGCGUUCCCACGGCCGCACCUCCCCCGCGGCGGGGGCGUGGCCCCGGCAGCGGCUGGCUGCGAUUGGCUGGGCGGCGGCGGCGUUGGCCAAUGGGGGCGGGCGGGGGCCGCGCGUGGCGGUGCUGGCGGCGGCGGGCGCGCUGUGAUCGGCUGCGUCCGUGCCGCCGCCUGCGCAUCCAUCCCUGCCUCCCUCCGUGCGUCCCUCCGUCCGUCCCUCCCUGCCGCUGCCCGCCGCCUCCUGCCUGCCCGCCACGCGUGGGAAGCCCAUGGGAGAGACGGGCGCCGGGCGAGGCGCAGGACGCGCUCUGGGCGCCCUCCUCCCGCGCCCCGCCGCCCGCCGCCUCCCCGACGGCCGCCCGCGCCCCGCCGCCCCCGUCCCCGCCGUGGGUGCCAUGAAGCGGGCGCACCCCGAGUACAGCUCGUCGGACAGCGAGGAACUGGAUGAGGCCGUCGAGGUGGAGAAGGAGAGCGCAGACGAGAAUGGGAACCUGAGCUCGGCCGCGGGCUCCAUGUCUCCCUCCACCAUCUCGCAGAUCCUGGCCAGGAAGAGGCGCCGAGGGAUCAUCGAGAAGCGCCGCCGCGACCGCAUCAACAACAGCCUGUCCGAGCUGAGGAGGCUGGUGCCCAGCGCCUUUGAGAAGCAGGGAUCAGCCAAGCUGGAAAAAGCAGAGAUUCUGCAGAUGACUGUCGAUCACCUGAAAAUGCUGCAUACAGCAGGAGGGAAAGGUUAUUUUGAUGCUCACGCUUUGGCUAUGGACUAUCGGAGUCUAGGAUUUCGAGAGUGCCUGGCUGAAGUUGCUCGAUACCUGAGUAUCAUAGAGGGGCUGGACGCCUCUGACCCUCUGCGAGUCCGGCUCGUGUCUCAUCUCAACAACUACGCCUCUCAGCGGGAAGCCGCGAGCAGCGCGCACACUGGCAUUGGACACAUUCCCUGGGGCAGUGCCUUCGGACAUCACCCUCACAUACCUCACCCCUUGCUGCUGGCUCAAAACGGGCACGGUAACACCAGUACCACAGCAUCUUCCACUGAGCCGCAUCACCAGACCAGGAUUGCUGCCCCACACGCUGAAACUUCCUCACUCAGAGUGCCCCCAAAUGGCAGCGUCGGACCAGUGCUCCCUGUGGUCACGUCUACCACCAAACUGUCUCCUCCUCUUCUCUCCUCCAUGGCAUCUUUGUCUGCAUUCCCCUUCUCGUUUGGCUCCUUUCACCUGCUGUCCCCCAGCGUGCUGAGCCCAUCCGCACCGACGCAGUCAGCGACGCUCAGCAAACCCUACAGACCCUGGGGGACUGAGAUUGGCGCCUUCUAAGAGCUGACUCUGACAAGGGUGGGAGAGCCUAUAAACCUAGCUGAGCUGGGUUAUGCCACCCUUAAAGUGGACGUUCUUAGAAACUGGGACAAAGGUACAGCUUCAUCUUAACUGAGUUUGUCUAAAAACUGUCUCAUUGGAUUUUUCUUUUUGUUUUCUACAUUUUUGUAUUAACAGGUGUUUUGGUUUUUUUUUAAUAGUUGCUGAAGUUGUCCAAAAAUAAAAUUACAAUAGCAGUUUGUUAACACUUGUGUUAGAUCUCUGCUGAGCAUUUAAGUCACUUUUGUAAACGGUUUGUUUCAAAUGUUUCAUUUUUCCUGAGUACACCAGACUGGCUUUUUAUGAAGAGAUACCACCUAUUAUUGUUAGCUGUGGCCUAGUUUGUUAUUAGUUUUCCAAGGCCAUUCUUCUCAGCAUUUACAAGCUGUGUUUUUGUUAGUAUUUUGACACUGAGAUGUUCUAUAAAGAAUUACUCUUUUUGUAAACUA